AUGGAUGAUUGCAAGGCAGUCGCAAGUCCAGUCGACAUGAGCUCUCGACUUGUUUCAAGUGAUGCAACUACCAAGGUCGAUGCUCCUUUUCGCGAAGCUGUUGGUGCGUUGAUGCACCUGACCACUGCAACGCGUCCGGACAUUGCGUUUGCUGUGGGCUAUGUGUCACGGUUCAUGGAAAAUCCCCAAGAAGAACACUGGGUUGCAGUUAAGCGUAUCUUUCGCUACCUACAAGGCACCAAGACGCAUGGAAUUUGCUACAAGCCAAGUGCAAGGAUCGACUUCCGUGGAUAUUCGGAUGCGGAUUGGGCUGGUGAUCUUACCGACCGCAAGUCAACAUCGGGGUACACGUUCAUGCUACUCGGUGCGCCAGUCAGUUGGGGCAGCAAGAAGCAGCCAAGUGUUUCGUUGUCCACGAGUGAAGCCGAAUACAUCGCACUCAGCUUGGCGAUCCAAGAGGGCAAGUGGAUUCAUCGUCUGCUUUGUGAGAUCGUGAUGGCUGCCAAUGAAGAAGGACCGGAACUCAUGAUCCAUGAAGACAAUCAGUCGUGUAUCAAGAUGACGAAGAACCCAGUCAACCACGGCCGUGCCAAGCACAUUGAUAUCAAGUACCAUCACAUCCGUGAUGAGGUCAAGCGCGGUGAAGUGAAGCUCAAGUACUGUGAAACUGCGGUGAUGUUAGCGGACAUCAUGACGAAGGGACUUCACGGGCCACGCCACAAGGAGAUGACGGCGACUCUCGGGAUUCGUGAGCAUUCGGAUUGA